GCGUAAAAAUAAACUCUUUCCAAAGUUCGUGCAGUGCCGUGGCUGUGCACUGACUGAUGUCACUUCCCUUCAUACCACGCAAUGUCGCGACAAAAUCCAAGAAAAUACAAUCGACGAAAGGUAGAGAUGCGGAUAUAUCCACUGUCUCUUCUUCUCGAACUAUCCCACUGCCGGUAGUUAAAGGCAAAGAGCCAGCAAAAUCAGACAUCGACGUUCUCAACAAGCCCAAUUUUUCAGACAAAGAGUAUGCCUCCCUCAUUUCCUUAGCGCUCUCCGACUUUGCACUAUUUUCUGAUCCAGACCUUCGGCGUAAAAUUGAUGAAGGAGAAGAUGGGUUCGUCUCGUUACUUCAUGUUCUGAAGCACGCUCUUCAUGGAAUCCUCAUUUCCGAAUCAGAGACAACUGUUGCCAAGGCUCUGCGGUCUGAGGCUACUGAUAGCGUUGAAGUCCGGAUGGUGUUCUCUGGGCCGUCGUGGUCAGCGCAAGGGUCGUCUAAAAACAGUGGGAUGUUCGAGGUGCGGAGAAUGGAGUCUCUUCAAAACAAGUUUACAAGGGAGGAUUGGAGGGAACGAACGUUAUAUAUUGAAAAUAUCCCAGUUCAAUAUGCAUCCCUCCUUGGAGUCUUUCAUCUAAUCCAAGUGCUACUCACGAAGAGUACCAAUACCAUACCAAUCUUCAACCGUAUACAAUGCAUCUCCUUCCCCCCACAUUACCUCGACAAACCAGGCGACAUUCCAAAAUGCAAAGGAUUCGCUCUCGUGACACUCCUCUCCGCCGAAGACGCGCAGCGGUUUCUACACUCGUGGCCAUGGGUCCCCACCGUUUCUCCCAACGAAGCCCAACCGCCAAUCUCAGAAAUCCAAGAGGCUGUCAAGUUCGGCUUCCGAGCGAUGUCCAAAACGCGCUGGGACGAAAUGAAGGAUGAAUACCUUGCGUAUCGGGCACGGCUGGUGAAGGAGAUAGUGGCGUACGAGGAUGAGAUAGCCGUACAUACCGCCGCCGCCACCAUCAAGAGAAGACGAUCGCCUUCGCCUUCACCUGCGAUAUCACCGAUUCCCAACUCGGAGUCGACACUGACAUCUUCAUCGCCAUUCCCACCAAACUGUCUAGUGUUCGUUCGGAAUCACCAUUGCGAGACUAACAAGACGACGUUACGAGCGCUGUUCUCUAAAGCUUCUAAGUCCCUUCCCGAUGGUAUCGAUUAUGUCGACUUCACCAAGGGCAUGGAUUCCUGCUACUUGCGUGUUGCGACGCCGGAGCAUGCGCGCGUCCUCACGGAAUAUUUCACUCAAACCAAGAUGGCGCAAACAAAUGGGCUUGAUAGCGAAGGUAGUGGAGAUGCCGAGGCCAAGGCGAUCACUGUGGAGAUGGUGGGAGGGCGAAGAGAAGAGAUUUACUGGGAGAAGGUGCCGUCCAAAGUUCGACGCGAGGCUGUUGACAAGGCACUGCGUUUGCUUAAAACAGAUACUACGACACGGAAAGAUGAAGGUGGAAACAAGAGAGUCAGGGGGAAGAGGUAA